AUGGAGGGCCUGCGUGAGCUGAUCCCGUUCUGCAGAGAGCUUUUGGGGCAGAGGCCCCGCCGGGGGCUGCUGAAGGUCUACCUGGUGGGCUCCGUAUUGGCCGUGGUGGGGACCGCCAUCGGGAUGGUGGAGGUCCUGUGCCAGCCGUUCAUUUCCGUGGAGCCGCUGGACGCCGACCUGCUGCUGAUGAGCCGCCUGCUCACGGAAAUCAAGGCCCAGCCGAGUGUCCGGGGUCUGGACAUGGAGGAGGAGAAGCAGGAGGAGGAAAUAUCUCAAGAUGGCGGGACCCAGACCCAGGACUUAGAUUUCUUCAAGACCCAGAGGUUCCGCCAGAGAACCAGCAGCAUCCGCCAGCACGCCUCCUAA